AUGGCUAAGAUAGUUAGAAAGAUCCCUCCAAGCCCACUAGGUCCACGUGGCACAUCUUUGUGGCGCCGAUCUGGUAUGAAAUUACUACCCGGCCCUCCUGGGUCGGGUCAUUUCCGAUUUUUAUUUGCUGAAUAUCAUGAAAGCCAUCUAAUUUUAUUUGAGUAUAACUCAAAGAGUAACAAGUGGCGAUCUAUAGAAGCAAAAGAAAAUUUUUGGAAUUUGCCAUGUGUCAAUGAAAGAGGGGGUGACUAUAUUUUCUUUAGUGUCAUUAAUGGAAGGAGUGGAAGUGUCCUUAUUGCCCUUGGAUCCGAAGGUGAUGAUGACCUGGUGGUUAUACGACCGAGAUUUCAUAGGGGAGGGGAAGAGCAACGGUUGGCCGUAGGAUUCAGUUGGGGGAACGUGUUUGAUCAAUUACAUGUGUACGGGGAUGGAAAUAUGAUGAUUCUUACAUCAGGUGAUGUUGAUGAUGCGAGUAAAAAGAGAAGCAUGUUAGAGAGUGUAGAACUGUGGGGGUUGAGCUCAAAUGGUAUGUGUUGGGAAUUCAUAUCAAUGGUACCAAGUGGGCUAAUUGAGAAGAUUAAGAAGCCUUAUGGGGUUAUAAUGGGGUGUAUAGAGGAAAGACAAGGAACAGUUAGGGCUGUCUUGAUGUCCAACUUUGAAGGCAUUUGGGGCAUAAUUUGGCUACGCUAG